GAAAUGCAAGGUAUCAGUAUGAGCAACACAAUGCAAAGAAGACAAUUCUCUGUAUUAGCCUGUGUUUUUCAAUCUAUUUUUGUAGCAUUAUUUGCCAUUUUUGGAGAAUUUCAUAAUCAUGAGGAGGAUAAACACAACCGGGUUCAUGCUAAUUAUCCCAUGUUUCAGGACAUACAUACAAUGGUAAUAAUCGGCUUUGGAUUUCUCCUCUCCUUUCUAAAGAAAUAUGGCCUCUCGGCUUUAUCCAUAAAUUUGUUGCUAUGCUCUUUUGUUAUGCAAUAUGCACUUUUGUUGAGAGGAUUUCUAAGCCCCGAAUUCUUGGAGACGGGACUUUGUACUAUCUCUAUUGAUGAAUUGGUACAAGCUGACCUCUCAUGUGUUACAGUUCUUAUAACAAUGGGUGUUCUUCUAGGCCGGCUUACACCCGUUCAAUUUCUUGUCCUAGCCUUUCUAGAGACCUCAAUAACUGUUUUACUCGAGCAUUUGCUUUACAAUGUUCUUUUUAUUAACGAUGCUGGUCGAUCACUUGUUGUUCAUUGUUUUGGUGCCUACUUUGGCCUAGCUGCUGCCAAGGUCUGUCAUAGACAGAAUACAAUGGUAGUAGAUGAUGAUGAGUCGAGUGGGCAUUCUUCUGAAUUAUUUGCCAUGCUUGGAACUCUAUUUAUUUGGUCAUUCUUCCCCUCCUUCAAUGCCGGCUCAAUUCCUCAUUCUACACCGGAAAUGAGACAUCGAGCUUUCUUAAAUUCAUAUUUGGCAAUGGCUGCUUGUACUACCGCUACUUUUAUGCUUAGCUCCUUAGCUGAUCACUUGGGUCGUUUCAAUAUGGCCCAUAUUCAAAGCUCUUCUCUAGCUGGUGGGAUAGCUAUAGGGGCUUUUGCUAAUGUUAUUCUUUAUCCUCAUCAUGCAAUUGUUGUUGGGGCAGCUGCCGCACUUGUUUCGGUUGUUGGGCAUGUUUUUGUUACGCCCAAAAUCCUGGAAAAGCGGCUGAGCAUACAAGAUACUUGUGGCGCUCAUUCUCUACAUGGACUUCCUUCUCUACUUGCUGGGGUUUUUAUUUAUCCAGACGAAACUUUAUCCCACAAAAUUCUUAAGUUCCUCAGCGCUCUCUUUGUCCUUCUCUACGAGCCAUCAGAAUAUGGCCCAAACUUUGUAGAGCAAUAUAGUGCUAUCUAUCCACAAUGGAAAGGCUCUGGCCAGCCUGGCGCGCAUAGAGAUCUUCGGACUCAAUCUUUCUUUCAACUUGCUGGCCUUGGACUAACAUUUCUAACGGCUAUUUUUGGAGGGCUUUUUUGUGGAUGGGUAAUGAAUUGGUCGUUGCUGAAUCAAGUGCAGCCUAAGCCGAGUUAUGAGGAUGCUAGCUAUUAUUUGAAUGCAGAAUUCUCACUUUUUGGAAACAUUGAUAAUUCGGGCCACGGUCUUGGUAGUUCAAAUGCUUCAAUUCAUAAAUGUGGCCGUAUAGACUACAGACCUUUAGAUAUUGAAGCUGCCUUGAGAGCUGUUAAAAGAGCUGGAAUUGGGCCAGAUGCCAUAUUUUAA